AUGGGUGCCACAUCAGUUCAUCCUUCGCAGCGGCGUAUUUCUUGUGAGGCUUGCAGGAAACACAAAGCAAGAUGCCAACGAUUCAACCAGGACGACCCCAAAUGUGCGAGGUGCACAUUACUCGACUUGGCCUGUACCAGUGGGCAGCAGAAGAAUAUCGGGAGGCCUCGUAGGGCGGCUGCUUCUGUCACACCUUCGAAGCCGACCGUUAAGAAACCUACAGCCAACACGAGCCUUCGGGUAGUACCUCCUUGGGUCCCUCAAGACAAUGCUCUCCCCUCUACAGACACAGUGGACUGGACAAGCUUGAUGUCUUCAGCUUCCACCCCAGUCCAGGACACUGCCGCGGUCGAAAUCGAUGCCUUCAGUUCUGCAUGGCCCACCAUGGAGAUUAACUCUUUUGUCCAAUCUUCAAAUCCAUGGGAUACCUUUUUAGGCUUUGCCGACGCUGGAUUCAUUCCCUCCCAUGACUCGGCCUUUGGCGCUCUAGCACCAUCUUCUGACGUCCCACCAUUCUAUCUUACCCAAAGUCCACCAAGCACCCCAUCCAGCGACCAUGGUGCCUGUUUGGCCGAGGUACAUAGCCUCGAGAUAUCUGGAGGACCCAAAAAAGAAGAUUGCAUCGACGUGUCUAUAGCUCUCUCAGAGUUGUCCAGGAUGAAUAUCGACUUGCACAUUCGGGUCGCGGCCGCCGAUACCCAUAAAGCCGUCUUGAAAUUUGACAACUUGGUACAACGAGAAGGCCCCUUAUACAUUGAAGACAUCACUAUGGUCGAGUUCGUUACCAAAACAUCUUUGAGGCUGCUCCAGAUCGUCACCAGACUCCUUAGCAACCGACAAAACAUAGAUUCGCCAGCGGAAAAUACGCUUCCUCUAGAAACCCAGCCGAUAAAGCCGAACUCCCAGCAAAUAAGCCAGGCCGACGCAUUCUCUUGUUCACCUCCCAUUGCGCUUUUGAUCACGAGCAUUUUUACCCAGUUGAUUUCGCUUCACGAGCUAGUUCUUGGAUAUAUAAUCACCCGCGUCGAGCGAAUCUCUGUCGAUCCUCUCCCUUCAAUGACAGGUGUUUUGUUCAACGAUUUACCGCUUGAAAAUUCGUGCGCACAGGGUAUGCUCUUCUGUCAGGCCGUUAUAUAUCUACUGGGAAGAACAGAGACCGCUUUGGGCAUCAAUUCAAAAUCCAAUCCAAGUCAAGAAGGGUUGCUUUCAGCAAGGCAGAUAAAAGUACUUUGGGGUGAAUUGGACAGUAGACGUCCUAUCAUUCCAAAUCAUGGUCUUAUGCGACCCUCAACUUUGAGGAGGUUAUUUGGAAAGGUGGCAGGUAUCUUUAAGCAAAUGUUAGGGGAUUCUUCAUAUAGUUAA